UUAUGUUUUAAUGUCUUGACAGGUAAUGGGCUAUGAGACAAUUCAACAGCAGUUCCCAAGACUUCAUUUUGUUGGGAUUCUCAGAUUGGCCCCAUCUGGAACUUCUCCUCUUUGUGGUCAUCUUGAUCUUUUACCUUUUAGCCUUCGUUGGCAACACAGCCAUCAUUGUCUUGUCUCAUUUGUUCCCUCAGCUCCACACCCCCAUGUAUUUCUUUCUCUGUCACCUCUCUUUCUUAGACCUUUGCUAUACAACUAGCACAGUCCCUCAACUGCUGGUUAGCCUGCAUGGAUCUUACAGAACCAUCACUUAUGUAGGUUGUGUGGCUCAACUCUUUAUUACUCUUGCCCUAGGUUCUGCAGAGUGUAUUCUUCUAGUUGUGAUGGCUUUUGACCGCUACGCUGCUGUUUGCCAGCCCCUCCAGUACACUACCAUCAUGCAACCUUGGCCCUGCUGCCUGCUUGCUACUAUCUCCUGGUUUGGAGGUUUUGUCAACUCAGUGGCACAGACAGGGCUUAUGAUAACUAUUCCUCUCUGUGGCCUACACUAUCUGAACCAUUUUUUCUGUGAGAUGCCUGUACUCUUAAAGCUAGCAUGUAAGGACACAGAACAGACAGAAGCCAAGAUGUUUGUAGCCCGAGCCAUCAUCUUGGUGCUACCUGCUUCACUCAUCUUGGGCUCCUAUGUGUACAUAGUACAGGCAGUACUAAAUAUUAAGUCAGCAGCAGGGCAAAGAAAGGCAUUUGAGACAUGUGGGUCUCAUCUCAUGGUGGUCUCUCUCUUCUAUGGAUCUGCCAUUUAUACUUACCUCCAACCUACUCAUAGGUACUCUGCAAGCCAUGGGAAGUUUGCUGCUCUCUUUUAUACUAUUAUGACUCCAAUGCUCAACCCUUUUAUUUAUACCUUGAGGAACAAGGAUAUGAAGGCAGCUUUGAGGAAGGUAAUAAAGAAAGAUAGAGCCUUGGGGAAGCAAUGAAGAACUUCCACUCUAAGUGAUAGAAAUUUCAAAGAAAAUUGACAAAGCUGAGUAUUAACAAAUCCAAAGAUCAUUUGAAUAAUAUUACAGAGCCUGGCAUUCAAGGCCCUCUGGUUCCAACUUAAUUUUCCAGCAUCAUCUCAUUUUACUCCUCUGUCAUGUGCUCUGUGUUCUGAUCAAAUGCAACUGCUAGCUGUUUCCUAGUCUUGUUUUGUGUUCUCUAGCUUCCAAGAAGUUCUAUAGAGUAACUAUGUUCCAUGUCUGAAAAGCACUUAUUCCUCUUCUCUUAGUGGUUUAAAUCCUUCUCUUCCUUCAAGGCCUAGUUUAGUUUCCAUUUCCCUCAUGAACUUUUCUUUUAUACUUUGUCUCUAUUCUUUCAUCCUUGGCUACCUUUCUUAUGUUGAUCUGCUUGGAAUAGGGAGGAAUAGCCUAGGAAAGAAGACAAAGAUUAGAUAAGAAAACGCAAGCAGGCAAAAACAAAAGGACAGGAAAUGCUAUUUGUUUUUAAGUAUUCAGAUGAAAUGCUGAUGUAGCUCAGAGCAGCCUAAAGAAACAAAUGUAAAAUCUAAAACCAAAAGGAUCUGGAAUCUAGAAAUUAAAGGACUAGUUUAUUUGGUGUAAAAGAAAUAGUUACUCAAUAUGUAAGUAAGUAAAUGAAUAGGUCAAUGGGGUGACAGAAUUGGAAGAGAUAAAAAAAGAAAGAGAAGUAAAGAGAUGAUUAUUAAGAAUGAAAAGAAAGGUGGUAAGAAAAUGGAAGAGGCAUGAAGUAUAGACGGUACAAACUUAGAGGGGGAAAUGAGUGAAGAUGAUAAAAGGCAAAUAUAGUCAAGGCAGAAAAGAAAAUCAGUAACCUUGGAAAGAAUAAUAAUGAAAAAGAAUGACAUGGCAAAAUUAAAGGGAGAAAAGGAGGAAAGAAUUGCUAAAGCUUGGGAAGAGAGGAAAAAGAUUUUUGAAUAACUUUACUAGUUGUUUUAUAUUCAUGAGUUGUGGAAGGCUAGGUAGCCAGGGAAGGGAAAAGUAGUGAUCAGCUAAGAGUUAUCCAUUUAAAUGAAUACUGCUAAUUAUAUACUUACUUUAUUCAGAGAGCUAUUAGGCACUAGGAUGAUUGUGGUGAGGGAAAGAAAAAUAAGACAGACAGAGGAAAAGGGCUUUAAGGACAAAGAGAAAGAAAAAGA